CCUGUGAUACAAGACUACAUGUUUCAAAUGGUUUAUGAUUUGAUAGGUUUGUUCCGUAAAAAAUAUAAAACUUCAACAAAUGUGAUUAAAAAUGAAUUACAUGCCGGGGACAGCCAGCCUCAUUGAGGACAUUGACAAGAAGCACCUUGUUCUGCUGAGAGAUGGGCGAACGCUGAUCGGGAUCCUCCGGAGCAUAGAUCAGUUCGCUAACCUGGUUCUGCACCAAACAGUGGAACGGAUCCACGUCGGUAAAAAAUUCGGAGACAUCCCUCGAGGGAUCUUCGUGGUCCGAGGGGAGAACGUGGUCCUGCUCGGAGAAGUCGAUCUGGAUAAAGACUGCGAUCAGAUCCUGCAGAGAGUCUCCAUCGAGGAGAUCCUGGAGGAGCAGCGGGUGGAGCAGCAGGCCAAGCAGGAGUCCGAGCGUCUGAAGCUGCAGGCGGUGAAGGAGCGAGGGUUAUCCAUCCCCAGAGCAGACACACUCGACGACUUCUGAAAGAUUUCAUCGUCUCCAGUUUCAGCGUGUUUAUGUUCAGGGGUGAAGAGACGUCACGUUUCAUUCACUCACGACACAAACGUGACUUUUUUUUCUUUCUUUUUAAAGAGAUUGUGUUAAAUAAUGUGAUGUCAUUUCAUUUGUGUUUUGGUUUUUUUUUUUUUUUUGUAAAGCAGUCGCUCCGAAUCGACUGAAGCCGUCCGCCAUCUUUAUGGCAAUGGAUGAUGGACAAAACAAAACCACAUGGAAGCUCAUCAGCCUGCUGGAUUUUAGUUUCUGUGUAACAAGAGAAUAAUAAUGAAACCUUAAACUCGGUCUGUUUCUGUUGUUGUUUGUUGUGUAAAUUCACGCUGUACAACAAUGAAGAUAUUUUCGUUCGAUUAAACCUGUUUUGUACGGC